AAUAGCAAAUAAGGCGAAGGAGCAGGGGGAGACGAAAAACCCAGAAAGCUGCUUGUGAUUUUUAGUUUCGUAAGAAGGAAAACAUCUGAGAGAAGGUUUCCGCAAUUUACGUCCGACCUUAAAGUUUUUACAGCCCCAUCGAAGAGCAUAAAGCCGUGUGAUAUUGCCCGAGUUUCAAACAGGUUCAACUAACACCCAGAUAUAUACGCAUUUGCCGUCGUGCGUGUAUCGUUUACUUUUUGGCCGUUCAAGAUGGCUUCGAUGGAGAAACGGUUACAGAAAGAACUUCAAUCACUAACAAAAGAUCCUCCUCCAGGAUUGUGUGUAGAUAUCAAGAGCAUUGCUAAAAGCAUGUCCGAAUGGAUUGUCGAUUUGGAUGGUGCAUCUGGCACUUUGUACGGUGGUGAGAGCUUCAAACUCUGUUUUAAGUUUGGUCCUCGUUAUCCAUUCGAGUCUCCUCAGGUGACCUUUAUAGGUAACAACAUACCUGUUCACCCACACGUUUACAGCAACGGUCACAUUUGUCUUUCAAUAUUAUCUGAUGACUGGUCUCCAGCCCUGUCUGUACAGUCCAUCUGCCUUAGUAUCAUCAGUAUGCUCUCCAGCUGCCGAGAAAAGAAGCGCCCCCCAGACAAUGGUUUUUAUGUAAAAACAGCACACAAAAAUCCCAAAAAGACCAAAUGGUGGUAUCAUGAUGAUACAGUAUGAAAGUGGAUUACCGUUAUUAUUCUAAAAGCAAACACCCUAAAUUGGCAGACAAUGUUUGAUCAAAGUAAUAAUCUGGUUAUGUUCCAGACACUGAAUAUUAUUACUAUUGAAGAUUCACAGAAAAAGAAGAAAAAUAAUAUUAAAAAAAAAAAAUGAAUAAAAUGAUUAAAAAAAAAAAAAAUCUGGUUAACUAACAACCACAAUUGCAGAACUAUAAACCCCCUAGAGUGCAUCAUUUUAUCUUUCUCUUAAAACCCCUCUCUCCCCCUCUCAACACCCUCUUUCCCUUUUUUUGUUUUGUAUUUUGGCUCAUUUAUACAGUUGAAAAAAAAAACAAAAAAAAUUUUAGUUUCUAAGUUUGUUUUUUUUUUUUUUUUUGCUUUGUUAAACAAAAGCAAUUUUUUUUUUUUUUUCCAUAUUUAUUCACACUUAGCAUGUAUGAUAAUUAAAUUAAGCUAAAAUACCUUCAUACUUGAAAUUACUUAAUAAAAAAAAAAUUUCCGAAAAAAAAAAAAGAAGUGAAAACAAAAUAAACAACAACAACAAAACUAAAAUAUUUUAUUUAGCACAAUUUAUUAAAUUGGUCUCUUCAAUUCA